CUGCUACUCCCGAUGUUCCUCUGUGUUUGGAAUACGGACAGUUUAAAGGCAACGCGUUCGGGUGUUCGGGAGCUCUGGCCGGGGUGAGCUGCAGUAGUAUGAAAACGAGUAUGUCAGAGAAAUUGUGAUCAAUCAAGAACUACCUGAAAUAAAACCGGGUCACUCACAAGUCGACACGUAUAAUUUUAAAGACGAUUGUCGCAUAUACAGCUUCAGGCUGGUGAUUUUUCAAUUCUAGGGAUGAACGAGACAAUCAGAACCGGUGAUGAACAACAAUGGGUGUAUGUAUGCUUUAGGCAACUCUUGCUAAACCUGCGUUCUCGAAGAAGUCAACAGUAGUUUUCGAAUUGGACAGACAGCAGGAAGGUUUUAAAACCUCAUUGGUAAUUUUCGGAAAUAAAUCAGAAUGCAUCGCGGGGGAAUGAGUCGCCGUGAUGGCGACCACUCUAUCGUUAGCGACGAAGAUCUUGAAAAGAUUGCUGCUUAUUUUUGGAAUGCUAUCAACACCCCGAGGGGCUUAAUCCAGAAGGUUUGGUUUGACCUUAUGCUCCAUCUCGGUGCCGAUGGCAUUGAAAACCAGCACUCAAUGAGAAAAGAGUCCUUCAUCUUGUUAAAGUCGCAAACAGAUGGUCGACGACGUUUACAGUGGAAAUGGAAUGGUAUGAUACGAGGAUGCCCUAUAUUUGAUGAUCCCCCAAAUCCACUUUGUCCAGUUAAAACGUUCCAGUUGUACAUGUGUAAACUCAAUCUACAGUGUCCACACAUUUUCCAGCGGCCUCACGAAAAUGUUGUCAAAACUUCUCGAUUCUGGUACCACAUGUUUCCCUUGAACUCAACAAUGUUGGCGUUAAUGAUGUAUGACAUCUCAAAGGAAGCGCGUCUCUCCAGAGUUUACCCUAACUUUUGCACUCAGAUAUUACCAGCAAAGGACAAAUUUUAUCGUAUUUUCCGUGAGUCGUGGACAAAGCUGGAACGAUACCUAGUGGCUCCUUAUGAACGUGAGAGUGACGGCCGGCCGAUCGCCCCGUUCAAACUGUGCCAGCAGUGUCUUGUGCCGGUUAAAAGCAAUAAAAAUGACAAAAAUAACGGGGCAAAGGGAAUUCUGUGUUCUGUAGCUUGCUAUGAAGCUUUCAUGCGGGCGAAGGAGUUGCGACAACAACAGCCGCCUCCACCACCUCCGCCACAACUGGGAAUGGGACCUGGGGGUCCUAUGGGAGUGUUCGGGAGCCCGGGUUCCUCAAACGCACGUGGGAUGCCUUCGAUACUACGCAACAAUCGAGCAAUUCUGCCAACGGCGCCUCCGCCCGUGCUUGGGAAAAAUCUACCGCCUGAAGUAUACAAGUUUAUUCAGCAGGUAGCACGAAUCCAAGCAUGCGGCUAUCCCAGGAUGGAUGGGACACCAUUGCUGUUCAAAGAAGACUACAGUCCAGUCCAGGCUGACAUCCCAAAGGAUCUGUAUGACCUCACAGUCGCAGUGCUCAACUCGGGCGGUGGAGCCGGAGCUGGAGGAGGGCCUAGCAUUCCCGGAACAAAUAUGUCCCAAGUGGGAAGGUCUCCGAUAACUCCGAACUCCACAUUACCUAGUAUACUUCGGCGAUAAACUGAACUAGAGAAGACUGUCGCCGACAUGCGUUGCAAAAAAGUGGUGAUUAAGAAGUGCAAAAUAAAAUAAAAUUCAUAAACUACCGGAAUCACCUGCUACUUCAAGAUAACGCGUGCUAUGAUGCUCUCAAACAGGGGAACUUAUCUAUAUCGGUGUUCUGUAUCCUAAUCUGAAGUUAGAUUACAGAAAGAAAGAGUGUGCAACAGUUAUGAGAGUGCAUAGUAGAGGCAGACUAUUGUGUUUGCUGCACAAGAUAAAUAACCUAACUUUAAAUUAUGUUCUAAGAUUGUCGUACAGUACCACAGUUGCUUUACGAGCAAAGAUAUGAGAGCGGUGUGCCGAUGAUUUCUGGGUGAAACCCUUAAUGGGCCGUUUAGUUAAAGAGCGACUGCUAUCGAUAUUAAAGACGUAAAUGGGGCUACUAUUAUUAGAAAGGGUAUUAUUAGGCGUACGCUUAUCAUGUCACACGAAUGAGCGGAUUCCAUUGCGUUUUCCCCCAAGCCAAUAUCAGUUGGUUGCUAGUAUUGAACCCUAAUAAAUAUACAAUCAAUUACUCCAACCGAAGAAGUUUUGAUAAUAUGAAUAUAUCGAAGCCCAUAAAAUUGACAUAUGUUUAUAAUUUUACAAAUAUUCAUAUAAAUAAAAAUGAAGAAAUACCAUCUAUUUUAGUUUGUAUGCACACAUAGAACUCUAAUAACAGAACAGCGUGAAGUAUAUGAACCUGUCCUCAGUUCAGCUUUUGUGAGGCUGACCUUCAUCCAUGAAUGCGGAUUAGUGUAUUGCGGCAUGCUGUAAAUACGAUGAAUGAGUUCGCGUGGCCCAAAGUAUUAGUAACACUGUGACUAAAGCUACAAUACUUUGCAAGGGCGAGCGGAGAGCAAGAAUAAUACGUGACUAUAUCUGUAGAAAAAAUAUAUAUAUGAGUAAAAUGUCCGAUUUAAAUAACUAACACAGUUUGAAUAGAGCCUGUGCUCUAUACGCACCUAAUUGGAUUCGAAUAUUAGUAGAGAAAUACGUUUGAUAUAUACUUUUUUUUAUAUACUUAUGCAGGCAUUUUAUCUACGAUACGAAACACGCGGGAAAAAAGAGUAAAUAAAGGAUUAGCAGUAACUCACUGCAAAUCAGG